AUGGAGUCUUUCAUGUUUACCAGUGCCGAAUGGCAAUUGACUACUGAACGGCAACUGAAAUACCAAGGAACUGCCAAAAUUGAUCUGGAUCAAAUCUCCUUCCGUGCAUCCGCCAACACAAAGGUCGACCAAAAAAAUGUAGAGCGACUGUGUGAAAUAUUCCGUAAGGAUGCUUGUCAUCGGCUGGACAUCCGAAACCAUGUGACAGCUAUUGUCUCCAGGCAAGACUUGAGAAGAGCCUGUCAAGAUGGGGGGAUAACUAAUGAGGAUUUGAUGGCUAAUAACACUGCGUGUUACCCCCGCCUUCAAUUUCCAACUGGCCAGGUCCAAUGCCUUCAUGGUCAACACAGGCUCAAGGCAGCAGAAGAAACUCUGCCGCCUACAGAACGGUGGUGGACUGUGAAUCUCUAUCUAGAUGGUUUGCCCUUUGCCUCCCCUCAUCCCAGUAGCUAUGGCCCUGACUUCUCCACAGACAUCAGCCCAAACCUGCGAAACGCUCUAGUAGAUGAAUACGCAAACGAGAAACAGCCGAAUGAUGGGGAAGUGUACCGGAAAAUCUGUCAAUACCAGCACGAGCACAACGCCCACUUCCAGAAACGUUGGUGGUCUCGACUGUCUGACAACAAAGCCAAACGCUUGCGGCAGCUCAGAUCCUCUCCAGACAAUGUUGACCUCUGUGCAGCGUUUGACGGUUUACUUGCAAUACCUGGACUCUGGAAUGGGAUGAGCCUCGGGUCCUUGAAUAAGGUGAUGGCGAUAAAAUGUGAUGAAGAGAUUAUUCACUACCUUGAGCACAUAAAGAGAUUCUGGGCCACGCUUGUAGAUUAUAACCACGUGCAGAUGGCUAAGAUCGACUCUCAUACAGUGCAUACGUUGCAGCUGCGCGCCCCGAAGGCUUCCAAAGCAGAUAGAAAUGCUGUAAAAGGCUUGAUCCUCAGUGGUGAAGUCUUCACCGACUUUAAGGAGGCCGAGCGUGCUGCCAUUUGGCAUAAAAUGCAAUCUUUAGAAGCCUGUGACUGUAUCAUCCCAUCCCUUCAUACUUUUUUCCGCGACAUCUCCUAUCUUAACGCCUGCGCCGAUGCUGUAAAGCGGUUGGUGGUUCUCAACAAGAAACAACCCACAAUACAACAAGCAUUGACCCAUAGCUUCCAGCCCCGUCAAGCUGACGAGGAUUGCCAAAUCCAAACAUCAGAGACGGCUUUUCGUCGACAGCCUGGUACUUCUGCAGAACGGAAGGAGGCGGGAUAUCGCCAAAUUUGGAUGUACGCCAUGCGAUGGUACCCUGAGAUGGCCAAAGACGAACAAAGCCACACUCUCAAGGCCAAACCCACACGCGCAAGGGCGGAUGAGAAUUCCAUUCAUGACAUGGCUGUACUUGCGCGGAAACUGGGCUUUCGCUCCGAGCAUAUCAAGAACAUUCUAAAACAAUCCCCUGAUCGACAGAUCGCACAGGCAGCCCUGCUUAAAGCUCGCAAACCUGAUCGAUAUUAUUAUGACAGCAAUGUGUUUGACUCUUUUGUUGAUCGUAUCACGGAUCUCUUCUCUCUUGCGAUCCCCUAUGAGAACCAGCCGAUUGCGGAGUCUGUUGUUGGCCGGGCAGUUAAACUGACAGAUCGAUGUGGACCUCCUUCAGUGCAAGCACAGCGGCUAGAUCGCUCAUACCUCUUUCUGGAUAAGUUGCAUUCACCAACAUCUUUGCAACAACAUGUAUCUUCAUUCUAUGUUAGACGGUGUGUCUACUAUGCCUUCUUUGGUAAACCCUCUAUAUCCCGGCAGCACUUGACCACAAGCAGGAGGCCCUCAUCGGAACCUUCCUCAAAUCAUUCAUCAUCUUUGUUUGUUCCAGAUGAUUCUCCGCACCUUGAUUCUGAAUUAGGAGCGGAAGAUCCUCUAGCGCGCAGUGACCAUAGAGGUCACCCUACAAGUCGCCGCCAGCUGCGGAAAGCACGCAGAGAGAAACGUCGCCAGAGGCGGGAGAGAAGGCGAAAUCGACGUCAAGAAAAUCAGCGUGCGGCGGAGUCCAAUCUUGUUCGCUCCCAAGAGUCUCUCCCUCAAGACUUCCCUACAAGAGAAGACAGCACUAUGGACGAUGCUCCCGGAAUGAUUACAGACACCCAGGAAAGUCCAAGGGACUCCAUUGUGCCAAAGGAUCUGGAGCUAUUGCCUGAGACCAGCGGAACCGAGCAAUUUCAGCUUUACGCUGAAGAAAGAAUGGUUCCAGAGAGAACUGAGCAAGAGGAGCGGUCAUCAGAUGAUGGGGAGCAAGGAGGACAGGAGCAGCUGACAGUGGAGGAGGCACACGCUAAACAGGGAUUGCUUGAGCAUGAAGCUGCAGAGAGUACUGAACAAAAUCAAUUGACAGAAGAGGCAGGAGAGAUGGUUGAACAAGGACGACCAACACAGGAGACAGAGGGAGAAGCUGCUGUACAGCCAAACUCAGAAGUUGACGAUGAAGGGCAAUCACAGCAGGAAGCUACCCAUGACAGUAGUAUCACCGCUGAAGAUGUGGAGAAACUCGAUGGUAUGCUCCAAGAUAUUGUGGAACAAGAAGCAACAGGCAGUCCAGAUCUGCAAGACUGUACUCAGUUGAUUAAAGAACAAAGCAAAGCCGCUCGCCGGAAAGAGAAAAAAGUGGAUGAGGAACGGGCAAAGGCUCUAGCCCGGUUGGAAAAUGAGGCCGAACACAACCCAUUGGCAUCUGAGGGCAAUAAUACUCGUCCUGUCACGCAACUGGAUUUGCCUAGCCUGAUUGCAAGAUGGCGCGAACGGGCUAGUCAUCUGGAUGAUGACAACUCACAGCGGCCUCACAGCCGAAAUUUGAGACAGGGUCAGCAAUCACGGUAUUCCAAACCUGUGGGGAUCAAAACAUCUUGGGUGAAUGGAAGGCCUACAUUACAAGAUAUCAAUCAGGCAGGCACUCUUGCUGCUGCCAUCACUGACCAGCUGGAUCCGGAUCACGAAGAUGACCUCCCAGAUCCUGUGUUACCAACGGUGAAUGCACCGGCAACGGUCACAAUUGGGGAAAGGAUAGAAGAUAUCCAGUUGGAUCGGGAAACAAUGAACCCAUCAGUGCAGGAAACACACGAACCAGAUUCACAAGAAAUGGUACCAGAAAGACAUAACGGCCGGGCGACUGUAAUGGGAGAAACAUCCAACAAAGCAUUGAAACCUUCUCAGCAAGAGCAGGAAACACUAAACGUUGACCGAGCUGAUCAAGAGCAGUUCCAGAGAGAAGUGGAUGAGAGAGCGGCAGCAGAAGCUGCGCUUUUUGAGGCAACUUUUGACGACGAAUAUGAAGCAGAAGCCCAGAGCACAGCCACAGAUAUGACUCAUCAGCAACUCGUCACACCAGCCAGAGAAGAGUCGGCCUUGACAGGCAUCGAUGCAGGGGGAGAGUCAAUCCCCCCCCGAGAAACCCCAGUGAAAGCCAAGAGUGCUCAAGGAACAGCAUCAACUCGAAAUCCAGACUCUAACAUAAAGACUAUUCAGCGUCAUGGAAAACUACACCGACCAUCAGGGAUUAAAAAUACCCGAGAUAAAGCUAAACGGCAACGGCACAAGGGAAACGUUGAACCAGACCAAGUCGAGCAGAAUCCUCAGCGUGGACAAAUGACGCGGGCAUCAAAGGCUGUUACGCAGAUUGAUUUCAGUAAAUGGGUGGAAGGAAACCAAACCACAGCAGACCCUCAAGCCGAUCUACCUCGGCCAAAACGGACCCGACCAAGGAAUGAGAGCGAAGAACCUGGGCACAGCACUUUGAAUACAACAGCUGGGACAAAUUGGGUUUCUCGAAACAGGAAAAGGGUAUGGCCAGUUGGACCUUGGGGACGACCAAAACGAGCGCGCCUGAACAGAGCUGAGGUGAUUCCUCCAUCUCCUUUACUUCCACUGAUGACUACUGAAGGCUGGGCCGCCUCCGGAUCUCCCAGUGGUAUGCAACCUGGCCAGAAUAUUACCAUCACUUUCCGAGCCUACGAGCACGGGGAAUGGACGAAGGUAAACAGUAUAUCUGUUGAAGCUUCAGAUCCACGCAAAGCACAAGAACUCGCUGGCAACUAUGCGCGUGCGGAGGGCCAGAAUGCCCAAUUCUAUAACCAUGCCCUGAGAAAAGUCAGUGUCAACCAGUGCGUUCGGGCAGCAAUUGAUGACGGUACCUUUACCAUCCUCAUGAGCCUAGGAAGAGAGCUUCAUGUGACCCGGCAAGUGGUGGCUUCGGUCACAAAAUUGUUUGAGGACAUGACAGACGCGGCAGUAACAACGGAUGACGAGAUAUCAUAA